AUGGCGAUGACUUCACAGUCCAGUUUUCUAGACACUGUCGAUUGGCCUUUGAGGAACUCCUAUCGAACACCCAGCUUGGACUCAGCGUCGCUCAGUCCUGCCUCAGAGACUGCAAGCAUUCAUUUCUCACAUUAUCCACUUCCGCCAACUCCGAUCUCUUCCAGACCCGCGAGCGAGAAAACAAGAGUCUCCAGUGUUGGAACAACAGACCUCGUUAUUCGCGUCCCUCUACAGCGGCCUGUACAUAUCGCAUUCAGCAAAAGUUCUAGCUUAUUCAAGCUCAGAUUUACCACCAUCGACAUCCGAAAGGAUGCGGCGGGAGGUCUGAAACGCAUUGAGUUAAGUGAGCAGACAGGAGUAACAUCGACAUUGAUUCACUCAUUUCCCGGUACCAAGAGCCCUAUACCUCAUCUCGAACAACCAGUAACAUCGAGUACACCACAUGCCUCGCGCGUUUCAUUUCUUGAGGAACAGACGGUUCAAUCUGCAACAACGCUUUUCCAGGCACAGCCCCAGUAUACUUUCGAAACGUGGGAAGAUUGUGUCCAUUUCCAAGAAAAGCUGCUAGACCAGCAAAUCAUCUUUACAGCUGGAAUAGCUGAGGCCAAGUCCAAGGGCCGUGGUGAAGAAUGCAUCAGUCAGAAUUUACGGAUUCUUCGGGCACGCAACGGCCGCCAGAUUGUGAUAUUCUUUUGCAACUCCCAACGAAAGGAGAAGAAAAGAUACAUCUCCAUCCCCCUAGAUUGUAUUGAUCAUAUUGAACAAAGCAAAAAAUCCGGCCGUCCACUCAACUUGACCCUUCGACCUAAUUUCGACCUACUGGCCCAGUUGAAGAGCUUGUCGAUACAUUUCCUUGAUAAUGAUGACCAAAAGAGAUUCUUCGGUCUUCUAUGUCAAGGCAUCGGUUUUCAAGGCUGA